AAGGACUAAAACCCCACCGCCACACUGACGGACCUAAGCGAAGUGCUCACCACUUCUUCUCUCUUGAACUCAAACUAGAGAAGAAAUGGGAAGAGCUCCUUGCUGUGAGAAGGUGGGGCUGAAGAAGGGGAGGUGGACAGCAGAGGAGGAUGAGAUAUUGAUGAAGUACAUUACUGCCAAUGGAGAAGGAUCUUGGAGAUCCUUGCCUAAGAAUGCAGGGCUCUUAAGGUGUGGGAAGAGUUGCAGGCUAAGGUGGAUAAACUACCUCAGAGCUGACCUCAAGAGGGGAAACAUUUCUAAGGAGGAGGAGGAGAUCAUCAUCAAACUUCAUGCCGCUGUAGGAAAUCGGUGGUCCCUCAUAGCCGGACAUCUCCCAGGAAGAACUGAUAACGAGAUCAAGAACUACUGGAACUCUCACCUCAGUAGGAGAAUCUACAGCUUCCGGACGGCCGGCGGCGAUGUGGAGGCCGUGCCGGUGGACGCCAGCAAGCUCGCCACCGGUGGAAAGCAAAGGCGUGGAAGAGUUAGUAGGUCAGCCAUGAAGACGAACACAAUGAAUGGGAUUGCUAGAAGAGAGAAGAAUGAGAAGGGUGUUGGACUCCCAGGACCAUCAGCAGAGACUCCAAGUGAUGAGGGACACAGCAUGGUUCUGGACCCGGACCAGCACCAAGCUAGUUGUGUCACGUUUGAGGGUCUCAAAGAAGGGGCACUGGGUCCUAUGGAAGAAAUGGUAAGUGGGCUCCUGAGCCCAGGACCAAUAGAGAGUAGUGGACUCUGGGGAGCAAAUACUGAGAUGGAAGCCAUGCAGCUUGGUGCAACUGAGGAGAGUAGUGUGGGUUGGGGGUCUCAUGAGGUAAUAGAGAAUGGAGUCAUGAGCUCACGUGAGGAGAGGGAGGGUAGGGCCCUUGUCUUGAAUGGGAAUGGAGAUGGUGGGAAUAUGGGCUUGGAGGAGGGAAUAGGGAGUGGAAUAGUGAACAAAGGGGAGGAGGAGGUAGGGUCAACCCAGUUAGACAAGUUCCUGGAUUGGGACUUGGGAGGAAUAGAGGCCAAGCUAUGGGAUGAGGUAGGAGAGAUGUGGCCAUGGCAGUGGGAUAGUGUGAAUAGGGAGUUGGGGCUACAACGUAUGGAAGACUAUGGGCACCAAGGAGGGUCACUGGAUGGUUGGAUUCUUUCGGAUGUCCUAUAGGAGAGGUCUUGUCGUAGUCGUAGGCUUGAUAAGAGAAAGGGGUCGUUGAGGAGGACCGAAGUAAUAACUUUGUAGCGUCGUGCAGGUUUGUCGUUUUUUGAUGUAUGUCGUUUUCCAUGUAUCCAUUAAGGCAGUAUCUGCGUGGAAUAUCCUUGCAAAGUCUGAUUAAUGUCGCUGUGAGGCUGUGAACUCUCCAACGAGGGGGGCGGAAAUGAGCAAAUCCUUUGUGCAC